ACACAUUUAACAUUUCGGUCGCUCCUGCUGCUGCUGUGUGUGCUAUGUGUGCGUGUGCGAACGAACCAAAUAUAUACACACACGAGCGCUGGUAGGACAGUGAAAUCGAAUUUGCUGUUUAUAUAGCACAAUUCGAUGGCUGAUAAUGCCGCCGCCGUCGCCGAAAAAUCGUUUACCCAAUAUCGCUAGCAUCAGAACGGGAAAGAGAACGAGUACGAGUACGAUUCCGAUUCCGAUUCCGAGUACGUUUCCCACAAAGUAUCGUUGUCGUUGUCGUCGUUGUCCUGCUGCCGUGCCGCGCCCCCUUCGCCCGCGCCGCCGCCCCCUCUGCGCCGUACGCACGCAUCGAUUUGGGCUAAACGUUAGAUACCUCCUAACGCAGUUGUUAGGGUGGAAAGAACGGCCAGGGAAAAUUGAAUGGGCUACACUGGUGGGCGAGCUGCUGCAAUGCCGUGCUUAAAUUUAAAUGCAAUGCACUGAUACGGAUCCGUUGGCGCUCCUGGUCUGGUCCGCAUCGAAGCGAAAAGAACAAAAAAUACAAGAAAAAAAAAACAAGAAACAAAACAACAAAACGGAAAGCAAUCCCGUGAAAUCCCGGAAUACAAGUGCAAUACAACGAAACGAAACAUAGAACAAAACGAAGAGAACGAAACAAAACGGAACGUAUUUUCGAUACGCAGGAGAAACCAAGUCGGGAUAUCCAAAGUGGACAGUGUGGUCUUGUGCAGUGGAGUGAUGCUAUAUAUAGCUGUUGGCCAAAACAAUAGAGUUCGAUAACAGAGCGAGAUCAAUUCGAGGAGUUGAAAAUGUUUAUUGUAUAAUUUCCAAUUGAGCAGGUGUGCGUGCGAGUGUGUGUGUGUGUGUGAGUAGUUUUUGUUUUUCGCUGCUUCUUCUUGCGGUUUAUUUGUCAACAAAAAGAAGGAAGAACGAAGCAGUGUGCGUGCAGCAGUAAAUUGUUGUUCGCACACCCCGCACUGCUUGCAGGAGUGGCGAAGCAGUUAACUUGUGCAACGCAACCACGGACGACCCAGUGGCCUCCACAUGAAGACCAUGUCGCGCUUCGGCCUGCGCCGUGGCUUCAAGUUCUCGGAGGAGCAGGUCAACGGCAAGAAUCCAAUUGGACCGGCAACGGCACCAGCCACGGUCGCUGCCGCAUCCAAUCCGCGCAAGAAACGGCAGACCCGGCAGGAGGAGGAUGUGGACGCGGAACAGGAAGAGGUGGAACCGCACGAGGAUCAGUCGGAGGCGGAACAGGAGCCGCUCUCGCUGAUCUGCAGCCUGCCGCUGGAGCGUCUGCCCCGUUUGGUGGAGAAGCUGCAUCAGAUGACGGAGGAACGGGAACGAGAACGGGAGAAGGAGCGCGAGCGCGAGCGGGAAGAGGCCGCAAACCUGGGUGGAGCCGCGCACUCGAAGGUUCUGUGUCUGUACUGUGAUAGGAAGUUCGCCUCCGGCAAGCUGCAGGCCAAGCAUGUGGACAAGUUCCACACCGAGCGGCAGGAGAGACGCUGCAGCGGUCGUUCCACCAGCUCCAAUUCCCAUCCCGCCGGCGGCUUCCCCGGCUGCCAGUGGUGUGGCCAGCAGGGCAAUCGCCGCCAGGCCACGCCCCCGCAGAUCUGCCUGCCGGCCAAGCAUCUGGAGCAACUGUUCCAGCACCUCAGCGAGCAGCAUGCGGACAAGUAUUUCGGCUGCCAGCCGUGUCGCCUGCGGUUCCAGGACGCGGAUCACCUGUUGGGACACCAGCGCCAGCAGCAUUCGCUCCAUCAUCCGGAGGAUGGCCAUGCCCCCAAGCCGGGCCUGAUGGGCGCCGACGAGCCGGUGCUCUUUCGCCUUGGUCUUACCCAGAACCGUCUGCCCAGCCAUCGGAAUCGAAACCAGCGCAAGGAGGAGGAGCCGCCGCCCCUGGCCACGCCCAGCAGCAAAUCCCGGAGCAGCAGUCGGGCGGCGGCGCAGCGACAGCAACAGAAUCAGCAUCAACAGUCGCAGUCGCAUCAGCAGACCGCUGCAGCGGGUAACAUGGCUCUGCAGGAGUCUGUCAAUCCGGAUGCAGUCUUCCGGCUGCCAACCAGCAUGGCCUACGUCUCAUCCUCCGCCUCCGUCGCCAACUCAGUGUUCGAUGACAAGUUCUACAAGGAUGUGAUCUCUAAUGUGCGGCACAACCUGCAGAAUCACCUCGACGGACGGUUGUUCACCUCGUCUUCGACGUCCACAACGUCAUCCACAUCGUCGUCCGCAUCCCAAAAGUCAGACCUCAUUAUGCUGCACGGACCCAGCCAGCUGGGACCUGGCGGCGCCUCCUAUCCCACGCUGCUGACCGCGGAUCAAUUUGGUGGCACGGGGGAACUCCUACCGCUGGCCAAAUUCCGCCGGAGACCGCACACGAAGCACAGCUGGAAGUGGAAAUGGGACUACGUAAAGAAGUUCACUCUGAUCAACGAGGGCGGUCGGCUGGUCAAGAAGCUGAAGCAGCCAAACUACCUGGGACUGCGCGAUCUCUCCAAGUUGGACAUGUGGACGCAGCUGACGAUGCGUCAGAAGCACGAUCUCUCGCUCUCAUUGACGGAGGAGCAGAACCAGGAGCAGCGCCGCCUGCUGGAUCAGCUAAAUCUCAUCCUGGACCACCGCCUGCUGCCGCACAUCAUUCUCGAGCAGAACGAGCAGGCGGUCAUCAAGUGCGAGAACGAGGAGGAGGACGAGGGCCUGGACUCGCAUCCCGGUGACGAUCUGCUGCCGCAAACGUUCGCCGACGAGAGUUUUCUCUCCCUGCUGCAGCUCCAGCCGAGAGGCGGCAGCAGCGAACAGGAACGACAGCGGGAGCGGGACCAGCGGGAGCAUAGCAGGAACCAAAAGGCCGUCGUGCUCAGCGGCGAGUGGGCACGGCCGCGUCUCUAUUUGUGCAUCUGUUGCGGCGCCAAGUUCGACCAGCGCAAGUCGCUGGAGGAGCACAAGACCUUCCGCCACUCGCACAUCUACGCCACGCACUACGAGGUCGUGGGACGCGAGCUGCUGGCCGGCAAUCUGCUUCGCCACCUCUUCAUCCCGAAACGGGCGCUGGGGCGAUUUGCCGCCGAGAGCAACUGCAUCCGAUGGCCGCAGAUUGCGCCGGCCGCCACAGUGCAGCAGCCCAAGCAGGAGCAGGUGCAACCGGAGGAGGAGACCAGAUCGUCGGCCUCGUCGCGCUCAUCAUACGAGGUGUCCACACCCACUCCGCUAUCGGCACUGGAGCAGCAACAACCAUCACCGGCUUCGGGUUCGGGCAAUGCGUCCUCAUCGUCGUCCUGCUCGCCCAGCUCAUCGUCCGCCUCCACGCUGCUGUCCACCGCCACCCGCACCUCGAUGUCCAACUCCACCUGCACCUCCUCCGCUGCCACCACGACGCUGUCGUCCACCUCGUCCGCUCCUUCCAGCUGCACCAAGUGCGGUCGCAAGUGCAGCGGCCUCAUGGAUCUCUAUCGCCACAUGCUGGACUGCUCUGGCGACUAUGUCUGGUCGCUGGCCAAGAAGCGCAAGUACCGCUACUACUGCGGCACCAAGAAGCGACGUGCCUUCUCCAAGAAGCCGCUCAAGCAGCUCUCCGCGCGCAAGAAGGAAAAGCUGGAGGUGGAAGUGGAGGAGGGAACGGGCGAUGGCGAUGGCGAUGCCGAGGUAGAUGGCGAUGGCGAGGCGGAGGGCGAGGAGAGCGUGUCCAGUUCAUCCAAGUUGAAGAACUCGCCACGCCAAAGGCCCAGCGAUGCUGAAUCCAUUCGGAAAAUGCUGGAGAACCUGCCCGCCAAGCGCAUCUGCAAGAAGAUCUUUCCCGUGGACAAUAAGGCCAAGCGCAAGGCCAAGAACAAGGCGAAGGCCAAGUCCAUGGCCAAGUCGCUGGUCAAGUCGAAAUCCAAAUCCAAGCAGCAGCGCAGCAGCACCAAGAGAAUCUACAAUCAGCACCUGCUGCGCACCACCAGAUCGCGUUCGCGUUCAUCUGUGGUGGCCACCGGCUCCUCGGCCGCUGCUGUCGCCGCCCAGCAGCAGCGCAGUCGCCGCAAACAGAAGCAGCAACAACAAAAGCAGCAGCAUAAAAAGCAGGAACAGCAGCAGCAGCAAAAGGCCAAGCUGGAGAAGGUCAAAUCCCCACCAGAACCGCCGGCAUCAGUCGAAUCGGAUAAAAUGCCAGCCAAGGUGGAGGCCAAAGCGCCCGCACCGACAGUCACUGCCAAGUCACGAUCUCCCGCUGAGGAAAAGCCAUCCCUGCGUCUGGAGCUGCCUCAAACUCUUCCGGAGGCAGCCGCUCCAAACGCCUCCGCUCAUGAAUCAGAGCCCGCGUCGCCCACGCCUAGUAAGCAGCUAAUGCCCACACCGCCCACUACCCCAGCGCCGGCCACCAAAUCCCCGCCAGCUGCUGCAGCCGUGGCUCCACCCUUCUGCGCCGCCAAUCGACAGGCGACGCCGAAUUCGACUGUUAAGCGCAGCAAGAGGAUUAGCGAUUGCAUAGCCAUGCUCACCGGCAAACUGGAGGAGAAGCUCAAAACGGAGCAAGUGCCUCCGCCUGCGCCGCUGCAAAAGGAAAAGGAGAAACUCCAGCAGGAUAGGCCGGCUGAGAAGCACGACAAGACACCGAAACCAGUGGACCACCACUCACCUGCUGCCGCUGUGGUCGCCGAAAAGGAGCGAGUGCAGCCAAAGACGCCCAAACGCAAGGCGGUGUCACGGCGCAUAAUCAAGGUGGAUACCACACCAGAGGCCGUGGCGGAGUCGAUCCAGGUGCGGAAAGCUCCAGCAGUGGAGCUGCCGGAAGUAGUUGCCAUACCACCUGCACUUCCACCGCCUGCCCUUGCUCCAGCCACUCUGAAUGCCGCUCCUGUUCCUCCAGCGCUGCAGCCUCCCAUAUUUGCCAGCAUGCCAGUGGCAGUGCCAGUAGUGCCUGCGCCAGUUCCUCCACCACCAGUUGCGACAGCAGCUCCUCUGCCUGUCGCUGGACUUGUUCCUCUGCCCGUCGCUGCACCUGCUCCGCCGCCAGUUGCCACCGCUUUGGUUCAUCCACCGACGAGACGAACGCCCACCAAGGCGGCGGCUAAACAGAUGGGUGCCCCACCACCGAAGCCACCAGCUUCGUUGGCCGCCCUCAAACAGUAUCCCCCACUGGAAGCGACGCUGCCAGUGCCGACUGCGAAUCCAGCGCCGCCCGUUCCCGUCGCAGUUCCUCUCGUGCCUGUGCCCAUGCCUGUGCCCGUGCCCGUGGCAAUGCCUUUGGGCAUGCAGGGAAUGCCAGUGCCUGUGAAUGUUAACAUGCUGCCCAAGCUGUAUAUGCCCCAACUGCAAGCGCCAGCGAAUUCCAAUCCCAAUCCCAAUCCCGCGCCCACAGCAAUGUUCGUGAUGGCGGAUCAUCAGCCCCUCAAUCUGACCAGUCAGCGCGGAGUGCUCCACAAGCCAUUGAUAUCCGGCACCACGGGUGACCCGGGACUCGUCGGACUGCCGCAUCAUCGUGCUGGCGGUAUGCCCGCCAGGCGGCAGACGAUCUGUGGCUUCGAGGCCCGGAAUCUGAUCGGCCUGGACAUGGAAAUGGAGCCGCUGGAUCUGUCGAAGAAGUCGAGCAGGAAACCGUCACCGGUGCCGCCGCCAAGGAUGCAGCAGGAGUUGCCAAUGCCACUGGUGCCACUGCCCUUGGUGACGAAUGCAAAUGCGCUGGCGCCGCAAUCGCAGCCAGGUGGUGCACCGCUUCCUACACCAGUUGGUGGUGCUCCAGUGAGCUGCCAGCUGCCCAUGCCGGGAGUGCCAGGAGUGCCUACACCGCUGGCUUCGCACUAUUACUCCAACCUGGAUCUGCUCAAGAUUCCACAGGUGCGCAAUCCCGGCACUGGCGUGGUGGUGCCCUCCAGUGGUCCACCAGCAGUGUCGGUUUCCGCAACGGUUGCAGCGCCCGUUCAUCCCGUGAAGAGUUCGGGUGGCAAGAAGCGCUCCACUGAGGGAACGGGCAACUCCAAAAAGGAACACGGAAAGGGACAGGCCAAGGCGUGUCCUCGCAUGGAUGAGGUGGUCAACAAUCAUAUCGACGAUGCCAUCAACUCGGUCAUCAUGGCUGUCCAGGCGAGUUUUCCGGACGACGAUGAGGAGGAGCAGCAGGCCAAGAAGGAAAAGGAAAGAGAGAGGGAACGCGAAAGGGAGAGGGAGAAGGAAAAGCUGGAGGAAACGCCUCCCAAGUCGAGCAACUGCAUCAUGCCGUUGCAAGCCUGCGGGGAAGUGCUCUCCUCCGCUGCCCUGGACAAAUCCCAAACUGUCAAUGCUAUUCCAGCUAUUGUUGCUCCUCCUGUUGCUCUGGUGCCAGUGACACCUGCUCCGCAGACUGUGCCUGUCAAGAAUCUGACGCCCAAGAAGCGUUCCAUGCGCUCGCGAACCAUCGACUGUCGCUCCGCCCUGCUCGCCUUGGAGGAAACUCUGCCGGCGGCAUCCUUGCAGCAGUGCAUCCCGCUGCCGGUGAAUGGCGAUGCGAAGGAAGAGAUGCCAUCGCUGCCAGAUCCAAUCCCAGCUCCCAAGCCCGCUGUCGUCGAGCCCCAGCUUCCCGUUCAGGUUCAAGGUCCAAUAAUGAGUCUCAGGGAUAAGAAGGCGGAAACUGUAAUGCCGGCCACCAAUUCAACGACCAUUCCGGCAGCUACUCCGGUAGCGGAGUCUCCGGAAUCGCCGGAUCCUGUGCCCGUGAGCCUGCCGCUGCCGGAGACGUCUGUUCCGGCACCAGUGCCCGUGUCCGUCAUCUCGGUGGCGCCCGCCGUGCUGCCACUACCAACACGUACAGCGACUCCACCGCCCACCACCAUGGCCGAGACGAACUGCAGCUCCCUGAUGGAGGAGCACAGCAGCAAUCUGAACAACAACACGUCGUCGGGCUUCCACAGUCUCGCCCAAUCGGAGCAGCCGAUACCAACGGCAGCGACGCCAGCUGAGGAAGCGCCGCCCGUCAAGGAGGACGAGGAGCUGCCCGCCAAAAAGAAGCAACGUCGUCGGCGAAAGAACGAACUGGCCGCCAUUGUGGCCGAUCAAUUGCUGGAAAGCUUUAAGAUCGACAAUGCACGCAGGGAUAACCUCAAGAAGCUGGAGAAUCUGGCGUACGAGAAGAGCGAGGAUUUGCUGCUCACCGGAAUGCUGCUGAUGCCCAGCACCAAGCGGAAUGCAGCCCUAGGACCAUCCGCGGCUGCCGCGAAGCUGGCGAAGAAGGAGGUGGUCGACACCGUGGCGGAGUCACCAGCCAAUCCGCCCGUGCGCGGCAGGCCGAAGCGUCGCCAGAGUUGCUACUAUCGAAGGGGAAAGGCUGGUGGUGUUGGUGGCGUUGGCAAGGCCACCAAUGAGAAUAUCAGUCUGCUCAAAUCCUCGCUAGAGUCCUUCUCCAUUGGCAUCGAGAAGCAGCUGCUGGCCAAGGAGGCCAGGGAGGCCAAGGAGGCGCAGCCGGCAGGCGGAAACAAUCAGGCCCAGCUGCCCGUUAGUUCCAUCCUGCGGCCCAGCAUCCUGAGCAGCGCCGUCGCCAGGGAGCAACAACUGACGAGGCAGCAGCAGAGUAAGCUGGAUAAACAGGAGCAGUUGCCACCGGCGGCCACCUUCAGUCGGGAUCCGCGGCUCAACAAGAAUAUACACAAGGAGCAGGCGGAGCACAAGGCGGCGCCCAAGGACCAGUCAGCGACGCCGACAACAAACGAGAAUCCCGAGGAGGAUGACAACUACCUUACGGAGAUUGCAAAGAACGUCAACGAGAAGAUCAUGUCGGCCACCACCAACGAGGACUUUGAGUUUGCCCACGACGAGUUCGAUGGCGAAGGUGAUCCCGACCAGGAUCAGGAUCAGGACCAGGACAAAUACUAUCGCCCGCCCACGUCGAUGAGUGUGCGCAGUGCUCCGAAUCUAAACGAUGAGCACUCGAACUUUGGUUCCAUGUGCGACGACAACACAAACACCGAGGUGAUGGACAUGGAUCUGGACGAUGAGAUGAGCGUGUACACGAGCUACUCGCAGGAUCUGGGACGUGGCGGACGCGGCCGCCGGAGAAGGAGGCGUAGAAGUGUCCUACUCACGCGGCGUCCCAAGAAACGGACGCAGCGCAGCGAACUGGAUGCCGAGAAGUUCGGUUGCAAGCUGUGCGGCAAAAGCUUCUUCACCGCCACCUCGCUGUCCAAGCACAACAUGACCCUGGCCCACGUGUCCAAGGUGUCCGCACAGGAGUACCUGCAGUCGCAGACGGCGCCGUCUAGUCCGCAGGAUGCGCACGAUCUGGAAAACAAGAGGGAACGCCAAGCGGAGACGUUGCUGCAGCAGCAGCAGGAGGAGCAGCCGGCGGCAGCUCAGCAGCAGAUGCGAGCCUCGGUGCUCAUGGUGCCCACUCAGAUGGCCCAUCAGGAGAGGGAGCGGGAGCGCGAGCGGGAGCUGCAGAGGGUCCAGGAGCAGGAGAGGAUGCAGCUGCAAAGGGAGCAGGAGCAUCGCCAUCAGCAACAACAGCUGCAGCAGCAGCAGCAUCAGCAGCAGCAAGAGCAAGUGCAUCAUGUCAUCACUGAGGCAAGUCUGCGACUGCACGACAACCAGCACAGUCCCACAGCUCCGACCGCCUCUCGUCUCAAUCUCAAUCCCGACGAGCGUCUCUUCUACGAGUGCUGCAAUAUACUGAAAAGCGCGGAGACGCCACGUCCGCAUCCCGGCGGUGGCGCCGGUCCAGCCACCACAUCGGUGAUCGUGACGGCAGGCAGAAAGCAACCACCGCCGCCUCCAGCAUCGCCAUCGCCAUCUCGCUCGUCCUCGCUGCCGCCACCGGCCUCACCAUCGCCAUCGCUUCCUCCGCCCGCAUCUCCAUCGCUUUCCCUGCCACCGCCGGCAUCGCCAUCGCCAUCACCCUCGCCGCCGCCACCCGCCGAGGCAACUGCUGCCGCGCCAGUCCCUGCUGCUGCUCAGCCAGCGGCUAACGUGUGCCACCAGCCGGUCAUUCAGCAGCUGUUCCGGAACCCGCCAGCAGUCACCCCUACCACCACGCCCACCAACCACAAUCGGCUCUCGCCCAGCUACUCGGCUGUGUCGCAGUUUUCGGCCACCACGACGUCCCGCUUCAAGACGAAGGCCGCGAUGAAGGGCUAUGAGAACGUGAAUCUGCAGAUGGACAUGCUGGAGCUGGCCAAGUCGGGUCGUGGCGUCUGCAAGCUAACGGAAUUGGCGGACAUUGCGCUGGGUAGUGAGAAGCCCGGUGGCGAAUUUUUGCCCCAUUUGCCGCCUGCACCGGUGGCUCCAACGGUGACAUCACUGCCGCCAGCGAAUCAACAGACGCCGACUCCAACACCCACGCCCACGGGCACGCCCACAGUGACGCCAACGGGGCCGAUGGAGCAGCAACAGAGUUCCACAUCCUCGAAGACCAUCAUGCAUGCGUCCAUUAUCAAGGCGGCGGCGGGUGUGGCCAGCUCGGCCACGUUGCCACCGGCAUCCGGUAGGAUUAUCAUACCCGACCGGCCGUUCAAGAACAUUGGACUGGAGGAGAAGGCGCCCAUAACGUUCCAGAAGCCCAAGACGUGCGUGAAUCUGCUGCAGGAGCAGGACAACAACAGCGUCUCGACGGCCAGCUACUCGGAUCGAGAUGACUACGACUUCGGAACCCUGAGCUGCGAUGGCGAUGUGGAUCCGGAGCCAGAACCGGAGGUCAGAGGUGGAGUCGUAGCCGCCGGGCGAGUGACUCAACCGCAGGCAGGAGGACGUGCCGUUUCCACGUCCAGUUCAUCAUCCUCCUCAUCCUCGUCGGCGGAUAACAGCCGAACGGGAUGUCGGAGUAGCAGCAGCAGUUCCAGUCGCGCCACGGCCAAAACUUUCGAGAACAAGUCACUGAUCAUGGGACGGAUAUUCAAGCAUGCCAGCAGUGCCAAGGCGGCGCCAGUGAUGGCUCCAUCGGCGGCACUGCUUCCGGGUCCCAGUGUGGUGCCCGGGAUGGCUAAGAUUAAGGCGUUGCCCAAGAACCAAGCGAAUCUGGACCAGAUCUUCGAUGAGCUGCGUGGCGGUAGCGCAGCGGGCAAGUCAACGGAAAUGGAGGCUCCACCCACGAUGGUGCAAGAGGGUUGGGAUCGGCAUCAUCCGCAGCAGCAGCAACAGCAGCAGAUGCAGCCACACCACCACCACCAUCAUCAGCAGCAGCAUCAUCAUCAGCAGCAGCAGCAGCAGCAUCAUCAGCACCAUCAUCACCACCACCAUCAUCAGGUGGAGCCCAUGGCGGCGCCAGCAGCACCGGCAGCGCCGGCGGCCAUGCCAGCACCCAGUGCAUUACCACCGGGCAGGAAGCCGAAGAACUCCACGGUCAACACGGCCAAGAAGGCAGCCAACAAAUCCGCACCGACCAAGACAAAGGGGAAAUCCAAGGUGGAAGCCGUUGCCUCUGCUUCUUCCUCGUCCAAUCGCAAGCCACGCAAGGAUUUAAGCAAGCUGCAGUCCGAACUGGGCAUGAGUCACGAAGAGAUCGAGCAGCUGAUCGACGAGGGACAGCGCAAGUCCAAGCGUCGCUGUGCCACCAAUCGACCCAAGAAAUUGGUGGAGACUUGGAGCUCCGAUGAGUACGAGGAGUUCUUGUCCACCAAGGACAUCAUAGCCCUGAUCGAGCAGAAGGAGCAGCAGGAACAGAAGCGCAAGCGCAAGACCAGCGAGGCGAACACCCAGCCGGAGCCAGUUGCUCCGCCAGUGGCCAGCAAGAAAGCCCAGACGCCACAGGCUACUGCAGGUAAACGAAAGAAUCGCGCCAGCGAAAAGAAGCCAGCACCUGCCGAGCCGGAGCAACCAAAACCACGUGCCAGGCAACGAAACCAGCCACCGCCGCCAGCACCAGCACAUGUGCCUCCUGUUGUCCAGGCACCGCCAGCGCCUGCGCCAGAAGUGCUAACUCCGCCUGCCAGGGGAAAGUCCAAAGCAGCGGCCAAGAGCAAAGCUCCAGCAACCAAGACGACAAACAAUCGCAAAAAGCGAUCCAAUGAGAAGUCAAGGGUGCAGGAAAGUAGGGAGGAUGAGGAAGAGGAGGAGGAGCAGUCGGAGGUGGAAGUUGAGCCACCAGCCAGGACUCGCAGCUCCAGGCAGCAGCCCAAGGUGAAGGCCACUGAACCGGAGAAGGAACCAAUAGCGCCAACACCACCGCCACCAGCACUACCAUCACUGCCUGCAGCUGCACCGGAAGCGCAAAGGGAGAGGAACAAGGUGCGGCAGCACGGCAAUCAGCAGCAGCCACCGCCGCCGGCACCGCAUCCGCGGAGCAGCUCCGUCGCCACCACCACCAGCACCACCAAUAACAACAACAACAGCAGCAGCAGCAAUAAGAAUCUGAAGGCCAAGCGAAAAUCGCAGACCAGCCGCCAGUCGCCGGCGCGCAGAAAGCGGCCAGCCAGCGAGAAGCAGCUGUACUACUGGAGCAGCUCCAGCGACGAUGAGUUCGGACGCCUGGACGACGAGACGGAGGCCGCCGACGGUGAAUCCCGCGGCGCUGGAGCUGGCAGCGAACAGCGGGAUGGCGAACGAACGGAACUGGAGCCGGAGGAGGCGUUACCGUCGCCGGGCAAACACUUCGAGGAGAACGAGUCGUACCAGAAGCACGGCUGGAUCGUGGGCGAUUCGCACAAGAAGCUCGUGAAGCUGCUGGCCAUCGCCAAGGGCAGCAAGAAGGUGGACAACUGCGGUGUCAAGCGGCGCACGCCCAAGCGCAAGUGCUAGGAGUGGGUAAAAAGCGCGGUCGUGGUGGACGUGAAGGUGGAGCAGCGCCACCAGACGUAGGAACAGCUGGCGUAGGAGCACAGCACAGCGGGGCACAGCCUCCUGCCGCCAGACAAGUCAUAGCCAUAGGCCUCGAGGGUCGGAGUCGGCGCGGGCAGCGGACGACCCAUCGCCGCCAUCGAUCACAUACGUACUGCCAUUGUGUCAUCGUUAAUCGUUAACGCCGGCGCCAGGAGGGGAUCAGGAUCAGGAUCGGGAUCGGGAUCAGCUGGAGUAGGAGCGGCAGCGGGAGCAUCCACUUGGCAGAGGCCACCUCCUGGCCCCGCACCCAUUAACCGUAUGCGGAGUAUAUGCAACAUAUUUUUCUUUCUUUUAAACAUCUAAGCGUUACAUUAUUUAGGUUUUUUUUUAUUAAAUGUAUUUAUAAUUAAUAAACAAAACAAACAAAAAUGCGAAAGAGCAACAAAUAUAAAUUUGAGCACAACAAUUUAAAGCGGA